GCAAUGGGUCAUGGCAUCUUCAGAGAUAAGAAAAAUGUCAUUGACAUUGAGUAUUAUGUUGUAUUUAAAUCAGUAUCUCGACUUGCAUUGUUAUCAUUACAUUGGAGGUAAAAUGAAGGUGUUGUUUCUCUCUGUUGUAAUUCUGUAUGGUUUAGUGGGGUUUAUAAAAGGAGAUACAAGAUGCCGAGCUGUGAAUGGUUACUGCCAGUUCACCAGCACUAGAUGUGAUGGUACUUACUCUCCUGGAAUGUGCAAUGGACCAGCUAACAGACAAUGCUGCAGACCAAGUGCCAAUGCUGAUAGGAACUGCGCUGCUCGUGGUGGCACAUGUAAAUAUGGGACUUGCACAGGGGGAAACUUCAUACCUAACCUCUGUCCUGGCCCAGCAGAUAGAAGGUGUUGUGUGGGACUAAGACCUCCACCCAGAGGUGAUGCUAGAUGUACCAGCCGUCAAGGUCGAUGUCAACCCCGCAGCAACCGUUGUUCUCCUGGAGGAUAUGUCAGUGGUCUUUGUACUGGAUCCAAUGUGUGUUGCAUGGGGAGGCAGUUUCAGAGAUGUGAGUUAGUGAGAGCUCUGAGAGCUCGCAAUAUGCCUGGCAACCUUGCUGACUGGAUGUGUCUGGCCUAUCAUGAGAGUAGAUUUAGAACAUAUGCCGUGGGGCGGCCCAAUUCUAAUGGGUCCCAGGACUGGGGUCUUUAUCAAGUGAACGAUAACUACUGGUGCAAGAGUAACAGAAAUGGACGCUCAAAUAAUUGUGGAUUGUACUGUUGGGAUGUUCUGAAAGCUGACAUCACAGAUUCAACCAACUGUGCUAAGAUUGUCUACAGAGCCCAGGGAUUCAGAGCAUGGUCUGCAUGGAGAAAUCAAUGCAGAGGUCGUGAUCUGAGUGCUUAUGUAAGAGGAUGUUAA